CAUGAGGGGAUGCAGGUGGGGUUGAUCGGGCUAACUCCCUCAGAACCACUAGUUUUGUCCCAUCGUGAACCUCCUAUUUAACCAUGGCAUCGUGAUGUAUUUCAUGAAACAGCCGUGCAUACAGGUGGUCCACGCGGUUCUCGGUACAGCUCCACUCGGCAACAUUCGUCAGUCAUACAGCACAUUUCACGGAGCAUAUCGAGGUAAACUUGAACGGCAUUUCACCUGAGGAGACGGUGAUUUCUAUUCCAGUGGAGUUUCUCAAAGACGAUACGAUGUUGGGGGAUUACAACAGUUCCGAUGAAGACGUAAUGGAAACCGUGGAUCCAGCCAGGUGGCUUGUGAUUACGCCGACGUGAAUGGCGUCGUGGGAAUUUCAGCGGAGCGUGGAAGCCAUUUUCCGUUGGAAGUGACUGACAUGUGCGACAGAGUGCUGGAUAGACUGGCAAUGUUGCUGCCUACUCCAUAUUCCUAUCAACUUCACAGUGAAGACAGGAUGGCAGCCAUUGUGAGUGGUGCUGUUGACUACAUCUCUUACCUGCAAGGCUUCGCCUUUCUGUCAGACCCGGCCUCCUGCUCAUCAAGUGACAGCGGAGGGAGUGUCUGCCAAGAGGCGAGUGACGUCGAGAGCCAAUCAAGUCCCACCAGCAGUCAGGGAUCCUGUAGAACCUUCCUUGCAAAAUCAGCAGAGCCUAAGAGGCCUAAGAAUGGCUUCAUCCGAUUUUCAAUUGAACAACGGCGAUGGCUUUCUGUAGAUCACCCUAAACUUGACAACAGAGAAAUCUCCAGGAUGUUGGGAGCUAAAUGGCGGAAAAUGACGACAGAGGAAAGAAAACCCUAUGAAGAUGAGUUUGAGAUGGACAUGAAAUUAAUCCGUGAAAACUUCCCAGGGUGGCGAUAUGCACCAAUGAAGAAAGGAGCGCAGGAGCUAAUAGAGCCUAUGCCUACACGUCUGAGAGACAGGCGUUGCUUGAAAAGAAAGAUUCCACCAGUGAAUGAAAUUCUGGGCAAAAAAAAGCCGAGGUCUAGCAAAAGACGAAUUGCACGAGCAGGAGGGAAUCUAUGGAUUAAGUGUUCAUUGUGCCGGAAGUGGAGGAAACUAGCAGCCUCUGCCGAUCCAGCCUCUCUUCCAGAACAGUGGUACUGUGCACUGAAUCCAGAUUUUAGAUUCAACAAUUGCGACACGCCACAACAAAACAGUUUAUCCAACUCACCCGAUGCAGAUGAUUUCUUGUCAGUUAUAUAAGAUGGUCCUGGCAUCUUGCUCACCUCAGUGGCAGUUUGAUCAGUCGGGAAUCUUGCUGCAUCUUACAGAUGGAAGAGGUUUUCACUCUGUUGAAUUUGACAAAAGAUAUGUUUACUCCUGUGAAUGUAACCAGGCAUUCCUUACCCUGUUUAGUCUUGUGAUACAUAUGGGCCUGUUUUUUCAAACAUUCGGAAAUGAAGAUUUGAUCAUCCCGAAUUGGGCGUAAAAUAUUACAUCCGGCUGAUUUGGCGGAAAAGCAUUGCAAACCUGCUGGAGGUAGGCGAAGAGCAUUGCAAUCUGCUGAAUGUAGGCAAAGAGCAUUACAAACCUGCUGAAUGUAUGCGAAGAGCAUUGAAACCUGCUGAAUGUAGGCAAAGAGCAUUGCAACCUGCUGAACUUAGGCGAGGAACAUUGCAAACCUGCCGAACGUAGGGGGAGAGCAGUGCAACCUGCUGAAUGUAGGCGAAGAGCAUUGCAAAUCUGCAGAAUGUAGGCGAAUAGCAUUACAAACCAGUUGAAUGUAGGCGAAGAGCAUUGCAACCUGCUGACUGUAGGCGAAGAGCAUUGCAAACCUGCUGAAUGUAGGUGAAGAGCAUUGCAAACCUGCUGAACUUAGGUGAAGAAUAUUGUGACCAAGUGAACUGGGUGAAGAACAUGCAUGGCAUCGUGCCAAAUUGGGCAGAUAACAUGCAUUGGAACCUUCUGAGACAGGCGAAGAACACUUAAUGUUGGCCAAGAACAUUGCAGUCUUCUAAAUUGGCCAAAGAACAUGCAUUGCAAACCUGCUGAACGUGGGCGAAGAGCAUUGCAACCUGAUGAAUGCACAGUGAUUUUCACGUUAGUUACAUGCACCUGUUCCAAAAAGUUUGUGUCUUUCUACUAUUUUUUAACAAUUAAACUGAUCAUGUUGGAAAAACCAAAAUGUGUGUUUAGUAGUUUGUGACAUUCGGUCCAUGGCUUGGCCUACUGUAUCAGUUUUAUGAGUACAUGUAAAUAUUUUCAUUGGAAGUGUCGUUUGCAUAUAAAUGCACACACAUGAAUCAUGAACCAAAUAUGUUUUUCCCAUUUGUAUAAAAUGUGAAUACUGUAUAUGAAUAAAGACUUUUUCCACCUUCAUGUACCAGUUUUGUUAU